AUGAGUGCACCAAGGAAAAGGCAAUACCGACGUGCCACGCAGGCAUGUGAUAACUGCAGACGCAAAAAGUCGAGUCGAUUGGAACAACUCGAGGAUAAGCUUGACAAUCUCAUUAGUAGAGUUGUGCCCCAAUCCGUGCAGGAGACUACACCAUCUUCAACGUCUGAAGGGCGUAAUCGCCUGCUGUCUUUUUCAACUGUUGCUCCACAACCGCUAUCAACACCCUUACCCACUGAUUUAAGCGCAAAGGCAAUGGGAUUUUAUUUUGAACACAUUCACCGACAACCUCUGUGGCUAUUCGACAACCCUCGCCAAGAUGUAUCAGUUGACUUGAUCCAUGCCAUCAUGACCCUAUUCUCUACCUACUAUGCCUCCUCUCUAGAUAGAGAAGGCGUAGAGACCCCUGAUGUUUAUUACAAAGCCGCCCGUACAAGUGUCAUGCUUGCAAUCGCUCAAGGGAACAUGGCAAUCCAGAAUAGUCAGAUACUCUGCUUACUGGCCUACUACAACUUUGUCAUGGGCGAUGUUACUACUGCUGGCUUUGAUAUAUCCAUGGCCAAGAGCAUGCUUCAACUAUUUCCCGACAACGACCGAGACUCAAAUCUGCAAGCGAAAUCGAGAGUGUUUUGGAGCAUUCAAUUUCUGAGCUAUUCCUGCGGUGCUCCCAUUUUGUUACCUUCGGUUCUGCAAGACAUCGACACACCACAGAUGUUGACGGUCGAAGCUCGAGAUCCGCUAACGAGAUGCAUCCCGGUUCCAAGAGCCGCAGACAUGGGGGUCCACGAGGUACUUCCAGAUGUGUGGUCUCAGUCACACAAGCUUUGUGCCCUCUGGACAGAUUUACGGCUUUAUGUGGCCAGACCUACUCCCCUGGGUCAGAAUACAGGUAGCAUAUCACACCAUCCAUUGCGUGUUGAACCAUCCCUGCCUCUAUACCUCAAUGGCAGAGAGUCCCAGGGGAAGACUAGGCGGCAACACCUUUUGGCGAGCAUCAUGCGAGAAAGCUUUGAGGCACUGUACCUGGAUCUCGAGACUUAUCAGAACAGCCAAAGAAAAAGGACUGAAGAUCGUAGAUCCUUUUCUCGCACAAGCAGCAGCCAUUGCCAGCACACUGCAUCUUUACUGGGCACGUACGAGUGA